ACAAUGUAAGGCCUUACUUUUUAUUUUGCACCCGUGGGAUGUCAAGGCCUAUAUAACGGGAUUCUACUCGAAUAGGUAGACUCAAAUAUACUCCCGACGGCUAGUGAAUUAUGCUAGAUAUCAGAGUAUCCUCUAGGCUCAGUCCAAAUCACCGCUUCGGACGCGAUGAAUCGAUUGUCAGAACAUUGGUUUUAAUUAUCGGUGCACUGUGACCUCUUCGAUGUUUUCGGAGUGUUGAUGAAUUAAGAAAGAACGAUGGAGUUGAACGAUAGAAAAAAUGCAGGCAUGAAGGCACAGGAAUAUAAACUUGAUGCUCCAGAGAAAAGAACUUUCUGGGAAGGAGUUAAAAGACUGUUCAAGGAGUAUUGUGAAGUGUCUUCUAUUCAAGGCUUGAGCUAUGUUGCUAAAGACGGUAUAUCAAUGUUUGAGAGAGCUUGGUGGAUACUAAUACUGAUUUUAUGUCUUGGAGGUUGCUCGUUUAUGAUAUAUCAACUUAUUGAUAAGUGGAUUUCCACCCCUAUAUUAGUAACCUUGGCGACAAAAGAAUCGACAAUUCACAAUGUCCCAUUUCCAUCAGUGACCUUAUGCCCGGAGACUAAAAUUUCGAGCAGAUGCCUGAAUUAUACGGAUAUUUUACGGAAGAGAAAUGCAGGAAGACUUCUAGACGUAGAUCUUCAGGAGAAUGUAUAUUUCGACCAUAUGUCCCUGCUUUGCAAACCUGAAAAUCACAUGAUGAGUACCAAGGCGUUAGCAAAGCAGAUUUUUCAAGAAAUAGGCUAUGACCCCGAUGUAUUCAAAGAUGUUAAAACGGAAGACCUCGUCAAGAUGGAUGACUAUGCGGAAUUCUUGGAUGAGUGUAAAUCUGUCACUCUGGACUAUGCCUAUUGUGAAUGGAUGGGGAAAAAUGUGAAUUGUAAACAGGCUUUGACGCCGAUAUUAACAGAUGAAGGUUUAUGUUAUAGUUUCAAUAUGUUUGAUGUCCGAGAUAUCUACAGUGAUGUCAAUAAGAUGAAAUAUUACAACGAAUCCGUGAGAAAUCCUAGCUGGGAUCCAGAUUCCGGAUAUCCAGAUGGAAUCAUUAAUGAUGUAUAUCCAAGGAGAGCUUUCUUAAACGGGGCGAAGAAUUCUCUGGUUGUUGUGUUCUUCACGAAAAAAAGCGAAAUAUACUAUUCUUGUAGAGAUUUUGCUUUGCAAGGUGUGAGGGUUUCCUUGCAUAUGCCGGCUAGGAUUCCAAGGCCAAGCCAGGUGUUUUUUUCUGUGGGUCUCGAUCGUUUGACAACUGUGGCUGUUACGCCGUCUCUGAUGACAACAACACCGACAAUAAAAGAAUACGAUCCUGAAGAUAGAAACUGCUACUUUGGAACGGAAAGGAAACUCAAAUAUUUCAAGUUAUAUUCACAGGCCAACUGUGACUUGGAGUGCUGGACAAAUUACACCAUUCAGUACUGCGGAUGCGUUCACUUUUACAUGCCAAGAGAUGCAGAGACAGAAAUCUGCGACAUGAAUAAGAGAAUUUGCUUGCAGGAAGCGAGAGUGAACUACCCAAUAAGUAUGCUUGCCGAAAGAUUAUCUCCUCUAGAUAAGAAAUCAAAAAAAAUGCAACCGUCUUAUUGCAACUGUUUACCGCUUUGUACAGAUCUGACUUAUAACGCAGAAAUUUCAAGUGGAAAAUGGAAAUACUACAAACAAGUGGAUGAUGAACGAGCAAAGGAAUACCAUGCCUCAGCAGUGAAAGUAUUUUUCAAAAGUUCAUAUUUCUUACCAUUAGAAAAGAGUGAGCUGUAUGGUAUUAUCGAUUUCAUUUCAAACAGUGGUGGAAUAUUAGGACUGUUCAUAGGAUUUUCCCUUUUUUCAUUCGCUGAAGUUAUUUAUUUCCUGAGCAUAAAACUCAUCGAAAAUUAUAGGAAGUACGGAUAUUGGGCAGGAGUCAAGACAGGAGAAGAUGAAAAAUAUAUGAAAAUGAAUGAGUGUCAUCCUAACGAAUAUUGCGAUAAUACAAAGAAGAAAAAGUUUAGUGCCAAAAAUCAUGUAUUCAUGCCUAAAAUCAGAGAUUAUGUACGAGAAUAUUGCGAAGUUUCCACAAUUCAAGGUUUGGGAUAUAUUCUUAAAUCAACGACCUUGUUUGAAAGAAUAUGGUGGAUCGUUGUUUUUUUACUGUGCAUGACAGGAUGCAUUUUAAUGAUAUAUGAAGUUGUCUAUAAAUGGAUAACCACCCCAGUGUUGGUAGCUCUGAGUACUCAAGAAAUACCCAUAUAUGAUAUUCCUUUUCCUGCUGUAACAAUUUGUCCAGAGACGAAAAUUUCCCACAAAUUUUUGGACUAUACUAAAGUUUUACUAGCUAAGGAGAGUGGAAAUUUGAGUUCGAUUUCUCCGCAGGAGAGCCACAAUUUCGACUUCAUGAUGCCUUUGUGUAGAAGUGCUAACCAUGAGAGUAAAUUAAAAGAGCAAGAAGAUCAAUCGCUGAGAUUCCAUUCGUCUCUUCAAGAUGCUGAAAGCCUAGAUGAUUAUGCUGAAUUCCUCGAUCAAUGCAAAGCUAUAGACUUGAGUAUUAAUGCGUAUUGUCAAUGGAUGGGCAACGAUGCCGAAUGUGAAGAAAUAUUAACUCCUAUCCUCACAGAUGAAGGACUAUGCUACAGUUUUAACAUGUUCGAUGUCAGAGAUAUAUACAGCGAUGCCAAUGUGAUGAAGUAUUAUAGACAAGGACAUAGGAACCCAGAUUGGCAUCCCGACAAAGGAUUCCGAAAAGGCAAAGUCGAAAAUGCUUAUCCACGAAGGGCAUUCCGAAAUGGAGCAAAAAACGCUUUGGUGGUAGUUUUUUUCACCAAAAAAUCUGAGUUGUACUACUCAUGCCGUGAUUUUUCACUACAAGGUAUCAGGGUCACUCUGCACACACCGUCAGUAAUACCUCGUCCGAGUCAAUUAUUUUUCUCUGUUGGCUUAGAUCGUCUAACAACAGUAGCAGUCAAUCCUACAUUUAUACGGACAACACCUACCACUCAAGGAUAUGAUGCCCACAGGAGGUUCUGUUAUUUUGAGAAUGAAAGAAAACUGAAAUACUUCAAAUCUUAUUCCCAGAGCAGUUGCAAUAUGGAAUGCUGGACUAAUCAUACCAUAAACUACUGCGGUUGUACACAUUUUUAUAUGCCAAGAGAUAAUGAAACCAGGAUAUGCGAUAUGGGUAAACGAAGGUGUUUGGAAGAAGCAGCAGCUUCAUAUACAAUAACUACGCUCACUGAGAAGCUGAAUUCUAAUGAUACCUCCACUGAAAAUUAUUGCGACUGCCUACCCCUUUGCUCUGAUCUGUCUUAUAAUUCGGAAAUAGCAUCUGGAAGUUGGCAUUUUGACGAUCCCGAUGAAGUAGCUUUGGAUGGAAUGAGGGAAUGGUUCUCGAAAUUCCACGCAUCAGCUAUUCGUGUCUACUUCAAGAAACCUUAUUUUUUACCCAUGGAAAGAAGCGAGCUAUACGGUCUAACCGACUUCAUUUCAAAUGUUGGUGGUGUGCUGGGUCUCUUUAUAGGUUUUUCUCUCUUCUCUGUGGCUGAACUAAUUUUUUUCAUGGUAAUGAAGCCAAUCGAGAAUUUGAGGAAGUAUGGACAUUGGACGGGAGAUAGGAGUUCGGAAUAGAACUGAUACAAUCUUCAAAUUCCUGUUUUAUAUUAUUGUUUAUAGGGAAUUUAUAAGAUAUUAAAAAUAGUUUAGGAAA